AUGGAUGAACAAAACAAGUAUGAACAAACGGAAGACAGAACGCACAAGAAAAAUGCCAAGGAGGAACGACUCACCACCUACCACUAUGACAGUCACCGUUCUAGGAAAAGCUACUCCAUCAGGAUAAGCAACGAAGCCAGCUCCAGCGAGGCACCUUUUUGCGAAGGUUAUUCCGCACUGAGAGGCGACAGUGGGGGGAGCGCAAACUCCGGAACGUCUACAAACGGACACAGCAAGGGGAGACGCACACAUUCGAUCCGUCCUGAUAACUGCACCAUGAGCAGUCGGGAAGAUGCUCCAAACCAUCGCAUAUUUGUUCUCAGAGGAUCGAGCUGUGUCAACCCCCCAAGUGACAUACGCGUAGCUGCAAAGAGAUGGCUCCUUCGCGAUUGUUGCAGAGAAGGAUACUCAUCAUGUGAGGUACCAAUUCGGAACACGCACGACGGGGCACACCACCUCGAGCUGUCCAUACAUCCAAAGGAACGAAAGGGGAAGAGAAAAAAAAUUCAAAGGAGGUAUACCUCCCACCCGAACGGAAUUGGAAGACUCCAUGAAGUUACUCCUGUUAGAAAAUUCCCACGAAGUCUAUUUGUUCAUAAAGACGAAUCUGUUAAAAUGAAGAGGAGAGAAGAACCCACACAGUGGGACCAACCCCAUUUAGGUGAAAACGCCAAGGUAAAAUGUGAAACACGGGUUGGGCUAGCCAAACUGGGAAAGUUGUACGAAUGGAGAGACGACUACCAUGUGCGUAGCAGUACGCUCCAUGCUACAUUCCACAGGGAUGACCACCCCCCUAAGACGGGAAAAGCCACCAAACAGAAGCACAAGUCAAACACGGUUACAUCUAUGAGAAGAUACACAUUCGAAGGGGAGGAAGAUGAGAAGGACCCUCCCCACAUGAACAACAACCCCUCUGGGCGUAAACUCUUCCAAGUCAAAUUCCUAUGCCAAGCAAAGGGCUACGACCUGAAAAAAAUAAGUCUAGUGUUUAAAGCUAAAAGGAUAAGGUACGUCUUCCACGACAGUAACAACAUCCUGUGUGCAUUCUUAACGCCAGAAAAAAGUACCAAACUUUUCUACAACCAGGAGGACAUAGCUAACAUGCACAGCUUCCAUUUUAGGAGAGACGUCACCCCUUCGGACGCCGAAUAUAUCGUAUUCAUCUUUUUCAAUGGAUCUGUUGUCAUAUGGGACAACUUCCCGAACGGUUACAGAAACGACGUGCUCAUAAAUAAGGUUAUCGUUUUUUUGAAUUCCUACUCGGAUGAGCUGCUGCCCGUGCAUGUGGUGCAGGAGGACACCAUGUAUUACCAUGAGUCGGGGGGAGAGGAAGAAAAAAGACGUUCAACCACGUCUACACCAUCGGAGGGGUUCUUCUCCUCGUCCGGUUUAGGUACUCCCCUAAUCAACGGGGGAGUCAUCCACCUGCACAGCGGUUCUCUCGAACAGAAGCUCAUCGUGUCGUUCGCCCUUUCGCAAUCCAUUCGCCUGGACGUGCACGAAAUGCUCAUGGACACCACCAUCAACAAGCUCUUCCUCAUAUCGAAGCAGAUUGCCAGUCGGGGCACCUGCACCAUUUCCAAACAGGAAGUCUCAAAAAUGCUUGACGUUUAUUCUAGUAUAAUUAACGUGAACGCUGUGCAGGACUUCCUCGAUGUUCCAGAGUACUUUUGGCAUAAGGUGCAGUACGAGCAGGCGUGGUUCGAGAUAUACACAUACCUGGAAAUCCCAGAGCGGAUCAAAAUCCUGAACAAGCGCUACAACUACUACAAGGACUUCCUUAAGGUGAUCAAGACGGAGGUUUACAACGACAAGACGUUCCACACGUACAGGGUCAUCGUUCUGCUGCUCUUCAUACACGUAUGCGCACUGAUUCUGAACGAUUUGUUUUUCGCCCAGUGA